CCUUUUUUUUUUGAUCUUAUGCUUCUUUUUAUACAACAUGGAAAACAAAAUAACGUCUCAAUAAACAAACGUAAGUAAACCGAGAAAUGUUGUCUAGCCGGGAGAUCAUCAAUUUUUUGGUAAGCAAGGAUGUUAGGAAAUUGCUCAAACGCAAAGGUAGCGAUGCUAAUGAAACAGGAAGAGCAUUGGAGGAGUUGCGAGCCUCUCUUUUUAACAAAAUUUGUUCAAGUGAAAGCGGGAAGAGCCUCCAGCAGCGUCUCUGUGGCCCAACGGUGGCUCUUACCUUCAAUUUCGUGGUUGCAAUUGGAAUCAUUUUCAUGAACAAAUGGGUGCUUAAAAAUGCAGGUUUCCAGUUCCCUGUAUUUCUGAGUUUCAUUCACUACGUUGUAACAUUGAUACUGAUAACCAUUAUGAAUUAUCUAUCUAUGAUUCCUCCAUCCCCUCCUCUCAAUUCCGCCUCCUUAUUUACCCUUGGCCUUGUUAUGUCUCUUUGCACUGGACUUGCUAAUGUCAGCUUGAAGUACAACAGUGUGGGAUUUUAUCAAAUGGCCAAGAUUUCUGUUACACCAACAAUAGUCCUGGCAGAAUUUAUGUGGUACAAAAAGAAAGUCAGUUUUCCAAAGGUUGUUGCCCUUUCAGUGGUAUCAAUUGGUGUUGCUGUUGCCACAGUAACUGAUCUGCAAUUCAACAUGUUUGGUGCAUUCAUAGCAUUGGCAUGGAUAAUACCCAGUGCAUUAAGCAAGAUCCUCUGGUCCAGUCUGCAGCAGCGGGAAAACUGGACAGCCUUGGCGUUGAUGUGGAAGACGACUCCGAUCUCUUUGGUUUGCCUGGUUAUCAUGAUACCUUUGUUGGAUCCCCCUGGUGUCUUCUCCUAUAACUGGAACUUCCUCAAUACAUCAAUGAUUUUAAUAUCUGCUGUUUUUGGCUUCUUGCUUCAGUGGUCUGCUGCCUUGGCACUGGGGGCAACAUCUGCAAUAUCCCAUGUGGUUUUAGGACAAUUCAAGACAUGUGUUCUGCUUCUGGGAAAUUAUUACAUCUUUGGUUCAAACCCCGGCAGGAUUAGCAUUUGUGGAGCCUUUGUAGCCAUUGCGGGUAUGUCAUUUUACACAUACCUCAGUUUACAGAACAAGAAGUUGAAAUCGGAGAAAGAGUCCGCCCGGAAGGUUAAGUCAAACCAAGGGAACGACAAAGAGAGCUAUGGCGACUCCAAUGCAGAACCCAAUUGUUAAGAAAGAAGAAACUUGUUUCUAAGAACAUCACUUUUUAUCUUUUCUUUCUUGUUGAUUCCUAUUUCUUCUUUUGUCUCCCUUUUUUUUUUUUUGAGAAGUAUUGAUUCAUAUUUCCAAAUGCUUCCGUAUUAUGUCUUGAACAGUACUUAUGUUCCAAUU